AUGCUCCCAAGGCAAGGUCCUGCAAAUGGCAUCGUGGUUAUGGGAUACGAGCUUAUCGGCACGCAAGACGAUAAGCCAGUCUAUUAUGGGCUUUGCUACUCGGACAUCAUGUUCACCACUUUUGGCGCAUCCGACGGGUACACGCGUAUCUACUGCGAUUGGACAGGCAGCCAUCCGUUGAUGUCGACGACGCUUUACCAAGCGCUUCCGGCCAAUGUGGACUCAACGUCAGUCGCGUCCCAACAGGCAGCCUCCAGUAUACCUGCAUCGAAUAGCAACCCGUCCCCAACAUCGAGCCCGGCCGGCGAGCAGGAUCAACCCCCUGGCGGUAGCAGUCGUUUGAACAACACAUCCGUGAUCGCUGGAAGCGUCGUCGGCGGGCUUGCGGUCAUCGCAUUCGCCGGUGUCGCCAUCUUAUACAUCCUCAAGCGCUCCAAGCGCCACUCCGCGGGUACUCCUGUCCCAUCGAGCGACGGUGAUUCUAUGAAUCCGUAUGGUACGCCGGAGAUGACCAGGAACGGAUAUCCUGAUGCGCAAGCGUAUACGCACACGGCGACAAAAUACGGACACACCAUAAAUGGAGGCGAACUUGAUGGGCAGCAUGGCACCGCCGAAUUGGGUGGCGUCUUGGUCCACGAAGUAGAGGGCCGUCGAUGA